CUUCCUGGAGGCCGACCCCGGCGAGGACACCUGCACCGUCACCCAAGGGGACAUCGCGGCCGCCGUGGACAUCGCCAGCGCCGCCAAGCAUUUUGAGCUGAAACUGGAGCAAUUUGGGCCCUACCGCUUGGAUUACACCCGAACGGGACGGCACCUGCUGCUGGGGGGCCACCGGGGCCACGUGGCGGCACUCGACUGGGUCAACCAGACCCUCUCGUGGGAGGUCAACGUCAUGGAGACGGUGACGGACGUGGCGUGGCUCCACGCCGAGACCAUGUUCGCGGUGGCCCAGAAGAGGUGGCUUCACGUCUAUGACAACCAAGGGCUGGAACUCAACUGUCUCCAGCGCUUCCCGGGAAUCCUCCGGAUGACAUUCCUGCCCUACCACUUCCUGCUGGCCACGGCGAGCGCCAGUGGCUUCCUGCAGUACCUGGACGUGGCCGUGGGGAAGGAGGUGGCCGCCCCCUGCACCCGCGGUGGCCGCUUGGGCGUCCUGGCGCAGAACCCGGCCACCGCCGUGGUGCACCUGGGCCACGGCAACGGCACGGUGACACUGUGGAGCCCCAGCGCCAAGGAGCCGCUGGCCCGCAUGCUGUGUCACCGCGGCGCCCUGCGCGCGGUGGCCGUGGACCGCACGGGCACGUACAUGGCCACGGCCGGGCUGGACCGGCAGCUCAUGGAGCAGAAGCGGCGGGAGAAGGCGGAGCGGCUGGGCUACGACCCCGACGCCAAGAGGCGCUUCCGCCCGCGGCGCAAGGCCAAGGGCAACGCGUUGCGGCGCAAGAAGAAGGUGGCCCACGAGGAGCUGCGC